AUGCCUCAACCCACUACUCUCCCGGCAUGGAAAGAGCUGGAGAACCACUUCAAGACAGUUGGUAAGACCUUUGUCUUGAAGGAGGCCUUCUCUCAAGACCCUGAGCGAUUCAACAAGCUCUCCAAGACCUUCCGCAACUCCCCCUCCGGCACCGAUAUCCUCUUCGACUUCAGCAAGAACUUGGUAACACCCGAGACCAUUGACUUGCUGGUCAAGUUGGCCGAGCAAGCCGGCGUCGAGAAGAAGCGAGAUGCCAUGUUCGCUGGUGAGAAGAUCAACUUCACAGAAGACCGUGCUGUAUACCACCCGGCCCUGCGCAAUGUUGGCGGCUGGGAAAUGAAGGUCGAGGGCCAGGAUGUCAUGAACGUCAAGGGUGGUGUCAACGAGGUCUUGGACCACAUGAAGGAGUUCUCCGAGCAGGUUCGAAGCGGCGAAUGGAAGGGCUUCACCGGCAAGAAGCUCACCACCAUCGUCAACGUCGGUAUCGGUGGUUCUGAUCUCGGCCCCGUCAUGGUCACCGAGGCCCUCAAGUACUACGGUGCCAAGGACAUGACCCUCCAUUUCGUCUCCAACAUCGACGGUACUCACAUGGCCGAGGCCCUCAACGCCUCCGACCCCGAGACCACUCUGUUCCUGGUCGCCUCCAAGACCUUUACCACCGCCGAGACGACCACCAACGCCAACACUGCCAAGUCAUGGUUCCUCGAGAAGACUGGCAACAAGGGUGAGAUUGCCAAGCACUUCGUCGCCCUGUCCACCAACGAGCAGGAGGUCACCAAGUUUGGUAUUGACGCCAAGAACAUGUUCGGCUUUGAGAGCUGGGUUGGUGGCCGAUACUCUGUCUGGAGUGCCAUCGGUCUCAGUGUUGCCCUGUACAUUGGCUACGACAACUUCCACAAGUUCCUGGCCGGUGCCCAUGAGAUGGACAAGCACUUCCGCGAGACGCCUCUGAAGGACAACAUCCCUAUCCUUGGUGGCCUGCUGAGUGUCUGGUACAGCGACUUCUUCGCUGCUCAAACACAUUUGGUCGCUCCUUUCGACCAAUACCUCCACCGAUUCCCUGCUUACCUGCAACAGCUGUCCAUGGAAUCUAAUGGCAAGACCAUCACAUCCGAUGGCUCACCCGCCAAGUACACCACCGGACCUAUCCUGUUCGGCGAGCCCUGCACGAACGCACAGCACUCUUUCUUCCAGCUUGUCCAUCAAGGUACUAAGCUGAUCCCUACUGACUUCAUCCUGGCUGCCAAGUCGCACAACCCUAUUUCCGACAACUUGCACCAGAAGAUGCUUGCAUCCAACUACUUUGCUCAGGCCGAGGCUCUCAUGAUCGGCAAGACUGCUGAUGAGGUCAAGUCUGAGGGCACUGCUGAGAACCUGGUUCCCCACAAGGUAUUCAUGGGUAACCGACCCACCACCUCCAUUCUCGUUGGUGGAAGCAUCGGCCCCGCUGAGCUCGGUGCUCUAAUUGUCUACUACGAGCACCUCACUUUCACCGAGGGUGCCAUCUGGGACAUCAACAGCUUCGACCAGUGGGGUGUUGAGCUGGGCAAGGUGCUGGCCAAGAAGAUUCUCAAGGAACUCGACGAAGAGGGCAACGGCGAGGGCCAUGACGCCAGCACCGGUAGCUUGAUCGGCGCUUUCAAGAAGUAUGCUUCGCUAUGA